AUGCCCGCACUGGACGAUACAGACUCUGGACAGCGAGUAGAUAUAUUGAUUACAGCUGCUCCUAACAUCAAGGACAUUUACAGAGUGCAAAAGUCACAAAAAAUGAGUAAAGUUCUAAGAAAGUUUUGCCAAAGAAAUAACAUGAACCUCAAAGAAUUUGACCUUUACUUUGAGAAUCAAGGCAUAACUUCGAUUGAUAGUCCGGAAUCUUUGGAGAUGCGAAACGGGGACAGAAUUGAAUGUCGGGUUGUUUUUGAUGGGGUCAUGAGGAAAGCUUAA